GACUUUGUGUUUUGAUUGUUUUCUUUAAUGGCGAAGAAGAAGCAUCGCAAGCUCUUCCCUACCUUAGCAUCAGAGACAAACAAAACGUUAGAUUGCUCGAACGGAGUCUGCGACCCGAUUUGCCCUUACAAUUGCUAUCCAGAACCAGAUUACUACGCCAUAUCACCACAGCUCCCUCCAUGGUCAUCGUCACCAGCUCCAUCUCCAUCUCCAUCAAUCUCAGCCGUUUAUCAACCAACUCAAAACUCAUCAUCUUCCUUGGACGCCAUAAGCAUCAUCACCAUAACCGGUGCGGUCUUAGCCAUCCUUUUAACCGGAUUCUUUCUUGUAGCGAAAUUCGUUUCAGACAGCGUAAACCGUGACAACCACGGAAGGUAUCAGUCCGAUAACGAAGACAACGACACGGUAAUGGAAGAAGAGUUUCAAGAUAGGGAACAAGUGGAUCACCCAAUAUGGUUAAUCAGAACAACAGGUCUACAACAAUCGAUCAUAAACUCGAUUACGAUCUGUAAUUACAAGAGAGGAGAUGGUUUAAUCGAGAGAACAGAUUGUCCUGUUUGUUUAAACGAGUUUGAAGAAGAUGAGAGUCUUAGGUUAUUGCCUAAAUGUAACCACGCUUUUCACAUCUCUUGUAUUGAUACUUGGCUUAGUUCUCACACCAAUUGUCCUCUGUGUCGAGCUGGUAUUGCGAUGAUCAGUGUCGCCACUCCACGGUGCUCUGGUCCGGUUGAUGUAACUCCUGGAGGAUCAGGCUCACAUUUGGAAAACGAUGGAGUUGGUGAAGAAGGUCAAGAUCAUCUUGAAUUAGGGAGAGAGAGGCAUGAAUCUGAUUUUAAAGAGAGGGAUGAUUCAGACAACAGAGAUCUGAAUUCAGAUGUAAGAAUUGAGAUUAAUCGGGGUUUGGAGGAAAUCGACGGUGAUGGAUCUGAAACAGAGACGAAAGAGAAAGUUAGGGUUUUUAGGGAGUGUAUGGAUCCAAAUGGAGGAGAUUCAAUAAACUCUCUCUCGCAUACGAAAACCCAUAUAGAAAGUGUAAAGUUUCCGGGAAAAUCAUGCGAGAAACAGAGUCAGGAAUUCACCAGACCCAUCGGAGAAGACGAAGCAAGCUGCUCUGAGAAAAACGGUGGUCACGUCGACCAAUUACGGAGAAGUUGUGAUUCCAUUGAUUCUGGUGAAUUGAACGGCGAAAGAACUGAAGAUACAGAGGAAAGUAGUCAGUCAGACAUUUCGUCGAGCACUUUGAAGACAAAUGGAAGCUCCUCCUCUGUAUCAUGUUUCAACAAAAACAAGAGUUCGAUUUUUCCGCUGUAGUAAAGAGUCUCUACCAAAACCAUUUUUUCGAAUGUAAAAUGAGUACAUAACAAUGCAGAAGUGUUCAUGUGUAUUAAAGUGUAUAUUGUAUA